AACAAAUAUUUCUUUGACAAUUGAAAACCAAACAACUAAACAAAUCGAGGAAUUGAGUUUUUAAAGAAAAAACAACGUUGAACGGACAUUGUCUUGAAAAUAUGGAUGAAAUAAGAACAGUUCAUCAAUGUUUGUUUUGUCCGCAAACAUUUGGAAGCGCCAGCGAAAAAGAUGAUCACAUUUUACAACAUUUUGCCCAAGAAACAUGCAUCGAAUGCGACCAACAUUUAAUUCGUAUCGGUAGUAAUUUGUACACUCUACACAAUGCCGUAACGUGUAUCAAAGUGAACAUAAAAACAGAAGAGCCAAUUUUCCAAGAGGAUCAACAUGAAACCAUCGACGAAAAAAGAGAUGAAAAUGGUUUUACCACUUUGGAUUCAAUUGUGGCCGUUGAAACAAAACCCGAUUUAAUUGCUUUGAAUGAACAACAUUUGCUUGUGGAUGAGAAUAAUUUGGUAGAGAAUUGCGAAUACGAACUCGACUCAAUUGAUGUAUCCGAAGCCGCAUCUGAAGCGACAAGUAACAAUGAUAAUAAUUCCUUUGAAUGUAAUAUAUGCGGGAAAAUACUUUCAAGCAGCAAAUCAUUAAAAAAUCACGAAUCACUCACACAUGGUGCACCCGGUCUUUUCCCAUGUCAUCUAUGUCCGAAUGUGACUUUAACGCGAAAGGAUUCAUUGAGAAAACACAUGCAGAUGAAACAUGAUCCGAAUCGUGUCAAAUUCAAGUGCUAUUAUUGUCCAUCGGUGUUUUUGAAAGAAAUCUCUCUGGAAGCGCAUCUUUCUAAAUGUAAAAGACGACCUGAGAACUUAGAAUAUGAAGAUUUUGACACCACCGUUGAAACCAUAGACACUGUUCAAAUUAAGGAAGAACACAUCGACGAUGAUUCUGAGAAUACAAUUUGCAAGGAAACUGUAGAAAUAGGAGCAGCACAACAAAAUGAAAAUAAUGAUCAAAAAAACGCAUCAAAUAGCAACCACAACAAAUGUGACAUAUGCCUUAAAACAUUUUUUAAACAUGGAGUUCGACGACACAAAGUACUCGUGCAUGGUGAAACAUCCGGGACGCAUGAGUGUUCGAAGUGCAAAAUAAAAUUAUUCAGCGCAAAAGGUUUAGCCAGACAUGAGCUAAAGUGUACAAAAGUUAUUGACGGUAUUCUCGAAUGUCAAUUCUGCAAAAUGAUAUUCGAAACAAAGACAAGUCUUACAAGACAUAUAACCUGCAUACAUUCAAAAGUUGAAAAAUUUCGCUGUACAUUCUGUGGAUGCGUUUUUACUGAAAGAUCGACUUAUGAAAAACAUAAAUGUAGAAGAGACGGCACGAAUCCAACAAAAAGUGCGAUGAAUCGACAAAACACCAUCGGUAAAUUUGUGUGUGAUAACUGUGGAAAAACAAUAGGAUCAAAAAUAGCGUUGCGAAAACAUAAAAUUCGCUUUCACAGUGCCGAAGGUACACAUGUUUGUGCUUGUACCAAAAUGUUUGGUACAGCUGAAGCACUUGCCGAACAUAAGGCCAUAUGUGAAUUCAGAAAAAAAUCCAGAUUUCCAUUGAUACAUAGGGGAAAGACUUUCGAAUGUCAUUUGUGUCAUAGAGUUAUUAAAGACAUAGUCUCCCUUCGCAGGCACAUGCGGCGGAUACAUUUUCCAUUUGAAAAGAGAUACAACUGCGAAAAGUGUGGAAAACGUUUCGUACAUCCAUAUGAACUUCGCAAUCACAAUGAGUCGGUUCACUUAAAAAUUCGCAAAUCCUUGUGCACAAUAUGUGGAAAAUCCUUUUUGUGCGACCAGGCAUUACGGAUACAUAUGAAUAAACAUACAGGUGAAACUCCGUAUAAAUGCCAACUCUGUGAGAAAGCAUUUUCUAAUCCAACAGUACGAGAUAUGCAUAUACGGACUCAUACGGAAGAAAGAAAUUUUAAAUGCCCAUAUGAAGGAUGCGACAAACGAUUUAAGACUCCAGCUAAUGCUCAUAAGCAUAAGAAGAAAACACAUGGAUACUUAAAAGAGGAACAAUCUAAAGACACAUGAAAAUGAUUGGAAUUAUUAUUCCACUUUUUUGGUCCAUAAUUUAUAG